UUCGCGUCAUCUAACGAAGGACACAACAUAACUCAACAUGAAGAGUAUGCUAUUGCCCUGGCUCUUUGUUCUUUUGUCGUCCUUAUUCAUUGGAGAAUCAACUCAGUCGCCGCAUCGCUUCAUCGAAAACGAACGAGUUGUUGACGCGCUUGACCAAAUUCUCUCUAAUGCCGAACUUCAAAAUCUGCUGAGCUCUACCAAUAAAUAUCCUGAACGAACCAAGAUUUCUGCAAAAGGAGCGAGAGAUUAUCGCUAUGAAGAUACUCUUCUAUUUGUGCUUUAUAAACUUCGGACCUGUUUGGAGAAUUUGGUCCAGAGGCAAGAACGCGAAAUUUUCAUGACCCCGCGAGUAGGACGAGACAUAGCUUUUAUCCGUUGAUCAUAUUAUGGAGCACGAUUGUAUGGCUAUAACUGGAUCAAUUAGAGUUACAUUUGUAAUGGUUUAUACUUUUCAUUCGGAAUAAAAUAAAAA